AUGGACAACAGAAACUGCUCCUCAUUUCCUGAAUUCCUUCUUUUGGGAAUUACCAAUAACCCGGACUUAAAAGUGAUGUUAUUUGCUGUGUUUCUAGUUGUUUAUCUGACCAUUCUGCUGACAAAUAUUGGAAUGAUCAUUUUGAUCAGGAUGGAGCCCCGGCUUCACACACCCAUGUACUUCUUCCUCAGCCACCUCUCCUUCUCUGACCUCUGCUAUUCCACUGCGGUUGGACCCAAGAUGCUGGAGGGCCUUCUUGGAGACAAAAAUUCAGUUUUUUUUACAGGCUGUUUUCUUCAACUCUUAAUCGUCUCUAUCUUUAUAGAUAUUGAGUGCAUGUUGCUGGCUGUGAUGGCCUUUGAUAGGUACAGGGCCAUCAGCAAUCCCCUGCUGUAUGCAGUAGACAUGUCCAGUAGGGUGUGCUACCAAUUCUUAACUGCAGUAUACCUGGUGGGAACAAUAGAUGGUUUCAUACAUACAACAUUGGCAUUCAGCUUGUGUUUCUGUGGCUCUACUCAGAUCAAUCAUUUUUUCUGUGAUUUGCCUCCAGUUUUACUCCUUUCCUGUUCUGACACACAGGUCAAUGAAUUGUUACUAUUUGUCCUUUUUGGUUUCAUUGAGUUGAGCACCAUCUCAGGAGUUCUAGUCUCCUACUGUUACAUUCUAUUAUCAGUCUUAAAAAUCAGCUCUGCUGGGGGGAGGUUCAAAGCGUUCUCCACCUGUGCAUCCCACUUAACUGCAGUUGCCAUUUUCCAAGGAACAAUGCUCUUCAUGUAUUUCCGACCAAGUUCUUCCUACUCUCUAGACCAAGACAAAAUGACCUCACUCUUUUAUCUCCUGAUUAUUCCCAUGAUGAAUCCUCUGAUUUAUAGCCUAAGAAACAAGGAUGUGAAAGAGGCCUUGGUUAAACUAAGAGGUAAAUGGUGA